AGAGGGGCGGACGACAAAAGGCAUCGUGCGAAUCACGUUGGCCGGCUAGGCGUUCGGUGAUUGGUCCAGGCGGGGUGGCUAAGAAGGAGGGGAGGGGGGAGGUUAUGCCGUCACAUCCGGCAGUGGCGAAGCCGGUGGUUUCCUUGGGUGGUCGCGCGCGCGCGGGACAGCAAGAGACGGCUUUGGUUCGGGAAACCGGCUCCCCCGCCCCGCCAUGGCCUCCCUCCUCAAGGUGGACCCGGAAGUGAAGAUCAAGGUAGACUCUUUCAGGGAGCGAAUCACAGGUGAAGCUGAAGAUCUAGUAGCUAGUUUUUUCCCAAAGAAGCUUUUAGAACUCGAUGCUUUCCUUAAGGAUCCUAUACUGAACAUUCAUGAUCUCACUCAAAUCCACUCAGAUAUGAACCUUCCUGUCCCUGACCCAAUCCUGCUCACAAAUAGUCAUGACGGACUCGAUGGGCCCAAUCUGAAAAAGAGAAAACUGGAAGAAUGUGAAGAGACCUUCCAGGGUACCAAAGUCUUUGUCAUGCCUAACGGGAUGCUGAAGAGCAACCAGCAGCUGGUGGACAUCAUUGAGAAGGUGAAACCUGAGAUCCGACUGCUGAUUGAGAAAUGCAACACGGUCAAAAUGUGGGUGCAGCUAUUGAUUCCCAGGAUAGAAGAUGGCAACAAUUUUGGCGUUUCUAUUCAGGAAGAAACUGUGGCUGAGCUCCGGACCGUGGAAAGCGAGGCAGCUUCAUACUUGGACCAGAUCUCUAGAUAUUAUAUCACACGGGCAAAGUUGGUUUCUAAAAUAGCUAAAUAUCCUCAUGUGGAGGAUUACCGUCGCACAGUGACUGAGAUGGAUGAAAAGGAAUAUAUCAGUCUGCGCCUCAUCAUUUCAGAGCUGAGAAAUCAAUACGUGACCCUGCACGACAUGAUCCUAAAGAACAUCGAGAAGAUCAAGCGACCCCGGAGCAGCAAUGCAGAGACUCUCUACUGAGCUGUCAGCACUCUGAACUUAUGAACUGUUCAGUAGACUCAAGACAGUCUUUGCCUCAGUUUAUGUGACUAUCAAGAUGGGGAAACUGGCUGGAAACAGUCCUCGCCACACUUUUAGUUAAAAGUCUACAGAAAUUCUCCUAGCUUUUUCUGGUUGGUUUUUAUUUGGGUCUUCGGAUUUGCCCCUCCCUCUCCCAAUCUCUAGCACCCAGAAGGUCUGAAUCAGAGCUUCUCUCUUUACUUAGAUGGGAAAACAUAUUGGCCGAGAGGCCCCAGGCAAGUAUCCCAAAUAGCAGCCCGGAAUGACCCUACUUGCCUGGAAAAAAAUCCCCCUUGUAAGUUCCCCCCCUUGAUUGGUCAGCAGAAGGGUCACUUCCUGCUGAGAGCUGAUGCUUUUGACCAUGAGCUCCAGCAUUUUAGUCUUCCCAUUAACAAUGCAGUUGGAUGAAUUGAAUACCCAUCUCAGAGGGCUCACCAUACCCAUCUUUGUGACCUGUCCAAUCAUGCCAAUUUGAAUGCUCCCUUUUCUUCUUCCACUGGGUUUCAUUCAUUGCUCUUGGUUUUGAACCCAACCUACUCUUUACAGGGCUCUGCAACUAAGUCGCUGUCUUCUUGAUGUGGCUUUCGUCAGAAUUGCUCACACAACGGACAUUCUCUGGAUUAUGGGUUGGGCAGGGCAGGCCUGCUUGGACUGUGGGUCUCGCCAGAUUGAUUUGUCCAACAGCAGCAUGAUUGAUAGUGUGCUAAAGUCUUUUCAUCUUAGUUAUAUUUCUCUUACCACCCCAGUGAAGGAGCCCAGCAGUUCCUUCAACGGGAGCCCUUUCUGUGCUUCAAGAGAACCCAGGAAAGUAUGAAUGUGUUGUCGAAGGCUUUCAUGGCCGGAAUCACUGGGUUGUUGUGGGUUUUUCCGGGCUAUAUGGCCAUGUUCUAGAGGCAUUUUCUCCUGACGUUUCGCCUGCAUCUAUGGCAAGCAUCCUCAGAGGUAGUGAGGUCUGUUGGAAGUAGGAAAAUGGGGUUAUAUAUCUGUGGAAUGACCAGGGUGAGACAAAGGACUUUUGUCUGCUGGGGCUAGGUGUGAAUGUUUCAGCUGAUCACCUUGAUUAGCAUUCAAUGGCUUGGAAGUGCCGGGGGGAAUCUUUUGUUGAGAGUGAUUUUAUGUACCUGUUUGUUUCCCCUCUGUUGUUUUGCUGUUGUGAUUUUUGAGUCCUUUAAUACUGGUAGCCAUUUUGUUCAUUUUCAUGGUUUCUUCCUUUCUGUUGAAAUUGUCCACAUGCUUGUGGAUUUCAUAAAAUCACUCUCAACAAGGGAUUCCCCCCGGGCACUUCCAAGCCAUUGAAUGCUAAUCAAGGUGAUCAGCUGAAACAUUCACAUCUAUCCCCAGCAGACAAAAGUCCUUUGUCUCACCCUGGUCAUUCCACAGAUAUAUAAACCCAUUUUCCUACUUCCAACAGACCUCACUACCUCUGAGGAUGCUUGCCAUAGAUGCAGGCGAAACGUCAGGAGAAAAAUUGCCUCCAGAACAUGGCCAUAUAGCCCGGAAAAACCUACAACAACCCAAAGUAUGAAUGGUUUGGAAUAAGUCAAAUUUGCUCUUUCCCAGUCUUCAAGGAAGCAGGAAGGGGGCGCCAACUACCUGGAAUGCUGCAGUUUCUCUUGCAAUUUAAUCUUUAUAUUCCUCUUGUGCUGUAGUUUUGUGAGUGGUGUUAGAUUUGUAAAAAUAGUGGCAGGAUGAAUCAGGUUUCUUGGCCCCUUCCGUCUUCCCUUGGUUGUUUUUACAAACCCUUUGCUCUGCCACCUCCCAAAGGGCACACAAACUCAUGCUCCCUAGGCUCUAGGGCCAAUGUGUCGUUGUCAUUUGUAGCUGGGCAAGCCUUAGUCGACCCCAGAGUGACAGCUCUCAGAAUAUGGCCCUCAUUAAUUCACCGCUACUGAGAGCAGCCUUUCUCUCGCUCCUUCCUUCUCCUGUGUUUCCUUGUAUCGGCUUCUUUGUUGGAUUGUUCAUAUUUCCUUGCCACAUUGAACGUUAUGUACAACUUUUACUAUGUCAACAAAUUAAAAGUAAUAGGUACUUCGAAUUCA